UCAUUUUCUUGUUAACCUGUAACACAAGGAAAUAUGAUGCUUCAGACAUGCACUUCCAUGGAGAUUGGACAAGGAGCAACAACAACCUAUGAAACUCUCCACAACUCACUUCAAGCUCAACCUAUUUCUUCACAGAGUAAGCCUCAAAACCUUAAUUCUCAUUUCAAUUCUAGGGUUUUUCUAGGGUUUAACCUACACGCUACCAAACACUGUUUUGUCAGAAGACAAAGCUUAAAAUUUCAACCUACAUCCGAAAUUGACCACCCUUUACACAGAAAUGUAAAGAUUUUGCAACUCCAGAAGCAAAAACCUCAAAAAGAUAGGGUUUUUGUAGGGUUUAAGCUUCAGUGUCAUUCAAAGGCUGAAGCUUUACCUUUAAAAACGGUUAUUAACGGUAAAAGAAAGGGGUAUGGAGGUAUUUUACCUUCAAUUUUGCGUUCUUUAAGAACAGAAAGUGAUGUUGAGAAAACACUUGAUUUGUAUUAUGGGAAGCUUAGUCCUAAAGAGCAGACCGUGAUUCUCAAAGAACAGAGCAAUUGGGAAAAAGCUCUUAGGGUAUUUGCGUGGAUGAAAUCGCAGAAAGAUUAUGUUCCGAAUGUAAUUCACUAUAAUGUCAUACUUAGGGCACUUGGUAGAGCUAAGAAAUGGGAUGAGUUGAGACUUUGUUGGAUUGAAAUGGCAAAGAAUAGUGUUUUCCCGACAAAUAAUACCUACGGAAUGCUUGUUGAUGUGUACGGGAAAGCAGGGCUGGUAAAGGAGGCUCUUUUAUGGAUUAAACAUAUGAAGUUGAGGGGAAUUUUCCCAGAUGAGGUUACAAUGAAUACGGUUGUUAAAGUUUUGAAGGAUGCAGGAGAAUAUGAUAGAGCAGAUAGGUUCUAUAAAGAUUGGUGUAUUGGAAAGAUUGAAUUGGAUGAUCUUGAGUUGGAUUCUAUGGACGACUCUGAACCUUUUAGUUUGAAGCAGUUUUUGUUGACCGAGCUUUUCAGGACUGGAGGGAGGAAUCCUUCUAGAUUUUUAAGUCUUUCAGAAGUUGAGAACACUUGUAAGAAACCUCGAAUGACUGCCACCUACAAUACUCUGAUUGAUUUGUAUGGGAAGGCUGGUCGGUUGAAGGAUGCUGCAAAUGUAUUCAAUGAGAUGUUGAAAUCAGGGGUGGCAUUGGACGCCAUUACCUUCAAUACUAUGAUCUUUAUUUGCGGAAGUCAUGGUCACUUGGAAGAGGCGGAAGCUUUGCUGAACAAGAUGGAGGAAAGAGGGAUAUCUCCUGACACUAAAACAUACAACAUCUUCCUGUCUCUUUAUGCUAAUGCGGGUAAGAUUGAUAGGGCUAUUGAGUGGUACAGAAAGAUAAGGGGGACAGGACUCUUCCCUGAUGCUGUGACUUGUAGGGCAAUACUUCAAAUACUGUGCAAACAAAAUAUGAUCCAGGAGGUUGAAGGUGUGAUUAGUGAAAUUGAAAGUUUAGGUAUGUAUAUAGAUGAACACUCUCUUCCUGUCAUUAUGAGAAUGUACAUCAAUGAAGGGUUGAUUGACCGCGCGAAGGUGCUUUUUGACAAGUGCCAACUGAAUGGUGGGUUCUCGUCACCCGCUUAUGCUGCCAUCAUUGAUGCAUAUGCCGAUAAGGGACUCUGGACUGAAGCAGAGGAUGUGUUCUUUGGUAGGAGAGACAAUAAGUUUAUUCCAAAGAAAGAAGUUGUAGAGUAUAAUGUCAUGAUCAAAGCAUAUGGCAUCGCAAAGCUGUAUGAUAAAGCUUUCUCACUCUUCAAAGGAAUGAAAAGCCAAGGGGCAUGGCCAGACGAGUGCACUUAUAACUCUCUAAUCCAAAUGUUCUCUGGGGGUGAUUUAGUUGACCAAGCCAGAGAGCUCUUAGCCGAAAUGCAAGGAUUGAGAUUUAAACCUUCAUGUUCUACCUUCUCUGCACUAAUUGCUAGUUAUGUGCGCAUGAGUAGGAUUUCUGAUGCUGUUGACGUCUUUGAUGGAAUGUCGAAAGCAGGUGUAAAACCAAAUGAGGUUGUUUAUGGAACUUUAAUUGAUGGGAUUGCUGAAGCCGGUAAAUUUGAAGAAGCUAUGCGUUAUUUCCAUGUCAUGAAAGACUCUGGGCUUCAAGCUAAUCAAAUAAUAUUGACUUCAAUGAUUAAGGCUUAUGGUAAGCUAGGGUCGGUAGAGGGAGCAAAAGCACUGUAUGAGCAGAUAAAAAACUUGCAUGGAGGUCCCGAUAUCAUUGCAUCCAACAGUAUGCUCAAUCUGUAUGCGGACUUUGGAAUGGUGUCUGAAGCAAAAUUGAUAUUUAAUUAUUUGAGGGAGAGAGGCCAGGCUGAUGGUGUGACUUUUGCAACUUUGAUUUAUGCGUACAAGAACAUGGGUAUGCUCGAUGAAGCGAUUGAGAUAGCAGAGGAGAUGAUACAGUCUGGACUUUUAAGAGAUUGUGUGACAUUCAAUAAGGUAAUGGCAUGCUAUGCCACAAACGGACAGCUUGUUGAAUGCGCCGAACUGCUGCACGAAAUGAUUACUAACAGGAAACUUCUGCCAGAUGGAGGCACAUUUAAAGUUUUAUUCACAAUAUUGAAAAAGGGAGGUUUUUCGGCGGAGGCAGUUAGACAGCUUGAGUUGUCUUACCGAGAAGGUAAAUCUUAUGCCAGACAAGCUGUGAUUAUUGCUGUUUUCUCUGCAGUUGGCUUGCACACAUUUGCAAUUGAAUCCUGCAAUGUCAUCACACAACCAGGAUUGGGGCUUCAUCCCUUUGCUUACAAUGUUGCAAUUUAUGCAUAUGGAGCUUCGGGGCAGAUUGAUGAAGCACUAAAAAUAUUCAUGAGAAUGCAAGAUGAAGGACUGGAACCAGAUAUCGUCACAUUUGUUAAUCUUGUGGGUUGCUAUGGGAAAGCUGGCAUGGUUGAAGGUAUAAAGCGGAUAUAUGGCCAGUUAAAAUAUGGACUAAUUGAGCCCAAUGAGUCAUUAUAUGAGGCAAUCAUAGACGCCUAUGGAAAUGCAGGUAGGUUUGACCUUGCUGAUUUGGUUAGUCAGGAAAUGAAACUAAAUUUAGAUGUGAAGCAGCUUACAGACUCUGCUGAAGAGGGUGUGGAUGAAGAUUUUCAAGGUGGUGAAGGUGAAGAAUCUGAAGGUUGAUAAAACCAUCAACUCUAAGCAGAACAUCGUGCUUAGUAGCAUUCACGACUUAUUUAUGUAAUUUGAGUUGACUAGCUUCUGUUGGUCAACUCUGUACAUAGGAAAUGUCCAAGUAUAUUUUCUCUUAAAACAUGGUAGGCGAAUGCCAAUUGACAGCUAUUGCAAUACAGAGGACUUGCCUCUCUUGGUUCGUUGAGCUGUAAAUUAUGACGAAGUUGAAAAGGGAAGAAAAAGACUCUUUGGGGAAAGUUAGGUUUAUGCGAUAAGAUCCAUGUCUUUUGGAUCAUGUAUAGGUGCCCAAAACUGUAUAUGGAACGAGGGUGCUUUUCUGGGGAAGUUUUCUUCCCUUCCCGAACUAAACAGUACACCACGGGCGCAGUUUACUUCAUCAAACUAAGAAGUUUGCAGCACUUGUUAGCACAUUGCAGUUUUUCCUCUCUGCAAUCCUCCGGAAUCAGACAGGUUACGCGGUGUAGCCCUCCAAGAGGUUGGCAGCAGUUUUGAACAUGUAUUUCUCUUGCUAUUUAAGGUUGUGCUCGUAAGAGCUUGGACUUUGUUAUAGUGUAGUGAUAAAAGAGGUAAUGGUUAUGUAUCCAAUCAGGCCACUAGCUUUUGAAUUUAUGAUAAGUGAUUAGUAGUUCUAUUUUAAACCUCAGAAAGAGGGAGUGUUUCCUCUUUGUUAUGUUGAAAUAGCAGAGUUAAAUGAAAAAUGAACAUUAAAAAGCUAG